AUGAGUCUGCCUUCUCGGCCCUACGCCAGCGUGCCGUCGAUAGCUCAGUUGGUAGAGCGGAGGACUGUAGAGCAGUGGGUAUCCUUAGGUCGCUGGUUCGAAUCCGGCUCGACGGAUGGCUUUUUGCCAGUUUUUGUUUUGAUGGAGAAUUAGUUUCUUGCGGUUCCAGUAACACUGGAACGAUGUUUUUGCAGCGAGUUUCAUGUUCAGCGAGUGUAAGAACGGAUACUGGAUUAAUCCACUUUUUGAAAAGAGUAGUAGUUUAAAACCAAUUUAUUGAAACUAUCAGUCAUGUAAGUUUUUUUUUAAUUAGAGAAGUAAUUUUGGCGUUUCUUUGAAAGCUAGGAAAGAGAAAAUUUCAUUUUGAGAAACUUUCGAAAAAAAAAAUUGAAACUUUCCUAGAACAAUAGGAAAAGCUUGGCGUCGCGAAAUCGAAUUGCGCAAGACGUUGGAUGUUUCAAAAAAGGAAGCAAAAAAGUGUGAUCGGCGGCAUCCAACACGUUUUUCUGGCCGACGACUGGGAUUUCGGUCUCUGUCUCUCGAAAUAUAUGAAUUUUCUCGCUGGCCAGAUCUCCCACCACGAUUUUGGCGUCCCUUGUUCUUUCUCUCGUUUCUCUGAAUCCUCUGUUUACCCAGUAACACAUUCGCAGGGCAGUUAUGAUUGGUGUCAGCAGCCCAAAAAAGGAAAACGAAAGCCACAGAAAUGAACGUCCAGGUCGACGACCUCCUCACACAGAUGUUCCGUGAGAAUCUCUCUUUUUAACAUUUGUUCCUUAUUUCAAACGGUCCCAGUUUCAGCUAUAAUCGUUUGUUUUAUUUUUUUAAAAAAAUGAUCUUUUUUUCCAAAUUACUCCUAUUUUGCAAAACUGAAAAAUCUCAGAAAACUGGAUUUCUUACACUAUUCACUCAUAUUAAUUUUUGCUUGAGAUAUGCCUUCAUUUUUUGGAUUUUCUCAAUCCAUGGAGUUUGUUAAAGUUUCUCUAUGAAUAUUUGUUUCUUUCAGGUUUUCCAAAAAAAGCCAUUCCCCAAUUUAACCUUCUCAAGUUAAAAUGUUAGUUUCUUCUCUUAUACACCUUUUUCACGACAUUUCUCCUUUUUAAUGGGCUGAAAAGCUUUUUUUUUCAGUUUUGCGAGGAUUUCUCCUUUUUGAAACGACCUUUUUUAUGGAGUGGUGUUUUGUUAUGUCAUUUUUUCUUUCUUUUUUUUUCAAGUUGCUAGCCCCGAAAAAGUUCAAUAGAUGGAAACAACUGGAAUCUUUAAAACCUUUAUUUCAGACUGAAAAUUUUAAGUCGUGAAUUUCUUGAAUGUUAAUCUCGUUCUGAAAAUUAUUUUUUUGAGUGGACAGCUAAAAGAAUUGGAACUCGAACUGUUUAAAAGAAUAUUUUUAGGAGGUUAUUUCCUUUGAUUUUUCAAAGUUUCUAGUCAGAAAAUUGCUGACCUCAAUUGAUUUCAAGUAGCUAGCAAACUUACUUUCUUCCAAUCGUUUCCAGGGCCCGCAAAAACCAGAAUCAAUUCUCACUUGACGUCUCCUUCUUCCUUGUCGAACCCGAGUUGAAUCCGGCCGACCGGUGCCGAAGAAAAACCAGUAGACGUCGCUCUUUGCACUUUGCGUUUUUGGACGGCGACUUCGCCUUGGGGCGAUUCUUCCUCUGUUUCUUCCCACCGCCAUUGUUGCGUUUCUGGAUUUUUCUUUUCUCGGAAUCGCGUCCUUUUUCCUCUUUAUACAAGUUUGGAACAGCCUGCCAGUUGGUUUCUGAGAUUAGAAAUAAAAAAAGAAGAAAUUGUGGCACGAGAAAAGGCGAGAUGUUUCUUAUAAUCUUGGUAAUCGAAAAAUUAAACAAAGGAAGGCCCCAAAAUGAAAAUAUUAGUCCAACCGUAUUCCCAUGAACUCGAAGUUAUAAUUUGAAAAUAGCUUAAGUUUUGAAAGGAAUUCAUUAUUAAUCUGCCUAUAAUCAUUUUUUCGCAAUCCCAAGACCAGCUAUAAAAAAGAUCACAUUUUCAAGUGACCUUUUAUGGCUUUUCCUUGGAGGUAUUUGCAACAUCGAAUUACUUUCCCUGCAAUUUUUUGCCGUAAAAUGAGAUUUCUAUGAAAAGUGAAAUUAAUUCCAAAAACGGAGAACUUUGUGUUUUGCAGGAACGAUUACUUUUUUUUCAAUUUUGAUUGUUCUAUAAAGCUCCCAGAGCGAUGCCUAAUUUGCGAUGAAGCCUUAGUUUAUGUACCUUUUUGUUGUUUGAACACCUUUCGGCUAGUGAAUAAUAUGAAUCCAUCGAUUUUGAAACGCUUCCUUCCUUCGAAGCAAGUCAAAAAAAGCCGAAACAGCAAAAAAUGAAGGUGCAGAUUUGUCUUCGAGAUUCCUGACUUUCGAUUUUCCUGCCUCCCAGUUUUUUUGUUCAAUGAGUUUUUCCCUCAGCAAGCUUUUUCUCUCACUACAAACAACAACUAUACAAUGCUGUUUGGGUUUUUUUUUCUGGAAAAAUUUUUUUUUUUUUCACGUUUAUUUUCACACGAAUGACGAAUAAACCUUUUUUUUCGUGACGUUUCAAACAUGAUUCUUUUUUUGAAAUUUUCAGACUGCCACGAGAAACAUUGAAAAGCAAAAGAGAGCGAUUUCAACGCGAGUUCUCUUGGACUGGCCAUCCGAAAAAUGGCUAACCGCCUUUUUUGGAAAAUUUUUCUUUUUCUUUUUUUCGCCUCUCCAAACUCGUUCUGUCUCGUUGGGCGACGGCGAAACGUUGCCCUUCAAACAAUUUGUCUUGCCGCUUGUUUCUUCUUUACUUUCUUCUGUUGCUCGUUAUUACAAGAUCUUUCAACAAGUCCAUUUCAAGGUUAUUAAAAGGCAACGAAAUGAGCAACAAACCCGCCAUCGAGCAGAUCAAACGGCCGAAAAUGCUUUGCGAAGGUCAAAGGUUUGAGUUUUCCACUGUUGUAUGCAAUAAGAGAACUGAGAAAAUUUUCAAAUUUGAACUUGGAAAAAGGCAAAAAAAAAGUAGACCUAAAGUUUGUUUUUUGAACCGUCGCUUUAAAUUAUCGAAUAAAAACUGAAAAAAAUGUUAUCUGCUUUAAAUAAAAAAGAAAAUAUCGAUUUUUUUUCAUUGUUUUUAAUUAAAUUUAAUUUUUUUUUGUAUUUUCCAUUUACUUUCAGUUCCAGGUUUUUUUCGCUUUGAAAUUUUGAAAAAUUUAAUUUAGAAGGAAUUUAGAAGAAGUUUUUUCGCGUUCUUUGAACUUCAUUUUAAUUUUGUCAAAAAAAUGUUUUUCUAAUUUUUUUCUCAAUUCUACAAGAUAUUGAGAAAUUCGUUGUGCUCCGUGUUGUUAGAAGUCUGGAAAAUAUCAAUGCAAGGAACUAUUAUAAAUAAUUCGCUCUUUUUUCCGAGUGUUUCAUUUUCAUAUGCAUUUUUUGCAGAAAUCGUUUGCCGGCCGACGAGUACAUUCAUAUUGAAACAGUGUCAGUGUGGGAGUUGCUCAAGCCGAUGCUCAGAUGGGUUAGUUUUUCUGAAAUAUUUUUGAAGAAUAAAAAGUUUGAUGAACCUUUUUUCAUGUUCAAAAGAAUAUAAAUCAUUGUUUUUAGGGAGCCGAACUGUUCCGUAUGGCGAUGCCAGUGCAGGUGAACGAGCCGCUGAGUUUUCUCCAGCGACUUUCGGAAAAUACUCUUUAUUCCGAUCUUCUCAUCAAGGCCAAUCAGUCUGAAGACGAUGUGGAGAGAAUCAAGGUGAGAAAAUUCAGCCUUUCUUAUUGAAAAUAUCGAUAAUAUAGUUUAAAAAUUCGUUUUGAAGUUCUGCCAGUUCAAGGGUUUUGCUUUUCAAUGAUUUUUUUUAUCCAAUACUCCCUUCAAAUUGUCGUCAUGACAAAUAAAUUUGAGCUCGUGAGCGCAUUUGUUGUGGCGACGAUUUCUUCGAACUACAAACGUCUCGCUAAGCCAUUCAAUCCGCUCCUUUUGGAAACUUAUGAGCUCGAAAGGUUGAUUGUUUCUUGAUGGCGAGAAAACCAAGCUGUUCUUAUUUUCAGGAACGGAGUUCGCUACCUGGCCGAGCAGGUCAGCCACCAUCCGCCGAUUUCAGCCGUUUAUGCGGAAAGCGAUGAUUUUGUGGUUGAGGUGCCUAGUGCGAAGAAAAUGUCUUUUAAUAUCAAAAGUUGAAGCUGCGGGAUUCGAUACAUUAGUUUUUCUGUUCUGAACUUUCAUCCCCUUUUCCUUAGAAAAUGUUCCUAUUCGUCAAUUUCUUCUUACAAAAGAUAAUUAAUUCCUUGUCCUCUCAAUGGUUUGGUGUUCAGGCGGUCGUCUCGCCGACUCUGGGUGUCAAUUGGACUGGAAUGGUCGCCAUUCCAAACGCGAAACUGAAGCUCACUCUCAAAAGGUUUUUGCGAACCCCGAAAUGAUUCAACAUGAACGUUUUCUGAAGAACCGGCGAAACUUACACUUGGGACGCUCCGAAAUGCUCGAUUUGCAACGUCGUCGUCGGCAAAAUGUACAUGAACUUUGUGAGUUUGACUCGUCGCUCUUCAAAAAAAAAAUGCGUAUGAUUUUAAGGUGGACAUUUGAUAUUAGAGCUAUACCCUUAAGUUUUUACCUUACCGAUUUAUUUUUAGAGCGCGCCAUGAAAAUUUUGAAAUAAGGACCCAAGUUCAUCGGCUCAUAAGUUAUCAUCAACCUUGAUUAGUGGAAAGUUGACAAGUUUUUAUAGUCAAUCCUUCUUGAGUAGAUUAGCAAGAGUAGCGCGUUGUGUACGUGAUGCGGCUUUCUGGCGAAAAACGGUGAAAAAAAUAAGAAGAAAAAAUUGAGUUUUUCAUUAUUUUAUACUUAUAUCCGUCAAACAACCUUCUUUUCCGCAUAGUCGAGAGUUUUUGCAAUAGGCCUCGGACGUUACGAUCAAAAGCAGUGGGAAAUGUUUGGCGGAGCUUUCUUUUACCGGCAAAGGCUACAGUAACCCGCACGGUGGCAGCGAUCUUCACGUGGAGGGCGUCAUUAGGAAGGGGUGAGAGUAUUUUUGUAGUCGGAUAGUAGUUAUAGUUAUUUUAUUGGUUCAAAAAUAAGUUCCAGAGACAAGCCUGUAACUGCGCUCUACGGCAACUGGGCACUGUAUCUCGCGUCGUGCGACUACGAUUUGUUCAAGAAGAACCGGAAGGACUACGUCAAAACUUUCAACGUUGGUUUCCAAAUAAUUCUUUCUAGAAAGUGAGAAAAAAAGUAAUGAUCAAGAAGACUCGAAGGAGUUUUUAGUAAGGACUACAGUGAGACCUUGCAGGAGAGCUUGAAGGCCGAGGAUCAGGCUGUCAUCAUUCCUGGAUCGAAGACGAUCUGGGUGGCCAACGUCCUGCCGCCUUUGUUCGAUGAGGUUUCUUUCAAUCAAAAUGGAAAUCUGAAUCGGAAAACCGGAAUGAGACUUGAAAAGGAAAAAUACGAAGUCGAGUCAUUGAAUGAGACUCACCAGAUGUAAAUUUUUACGCUUAUUUCGAAUUUGUCCUCAAAAAUGAUUUUUCGAAGCUCCGCGAAGGAAAUGUGGACCUGGUUAGAUUUUCGGUUUCAUGUUAUUUUCAUGCGAGUUUUUUGCUAUUCUACAGGGUGACAAAUAAAUAUUGAAACGCGUUUGAAACGUUAUAACUUUCUCAAAAGUCAACCAAACACCACCAAACUUGGAACAAAUUUUAUUCAUACAAUAUAGAAACAAAAUUCAAGAAUAGUUUUCGAAACUUCCUCCUUUAGCUUUGAUAACGGCCUUCAGUCUCUUCGGAUACGCAUCGAUCACGGCACGAAGGUAGUCGUCGUCGAUUUCGUCCCAUUUCUUGAUGAGCACGGUCUUCAGAGCUUUGAUACUUGGGUAGUUCUUAGAAGAGACCUUCUCGGUCAGAUAUAUCCACCCGGCAUAGUCCAUCGGGUUGAGGUCGGGCGAGGAAGCAGGCCAAUCAGCAGCCGAGAUGAACUCGGAAAAUUGGCGCGAUACCACUCUUGAGUCCCUUUGGCGCGAUGAGCGGGGGCGCCGUCUUGCUGGAAGGUCCAUGGUCGGUUUCCGUAGUGAGAAUUGGCUCAGGGCAACACCCUCAACUUCAAAAUCUACGCCCUGUAGUAUACUUGGUUCACUUUGACUCCAGGAUCCACAAAAAAAUCAGCGGAGUUUUGCCGUCAGCGGUAAUUCCGGCAAAAAAACCAUCACGGAAGCCGGAUGCGAAGUUUUAUUCAGAAUUUUUUUCCUUUUUUUCACAGGCACUCUGAUAGUCAGUAACGAUGAUCCGAUGAUUUUGGCCGUUCUUGUUCGCCUCCACAGUGAAGAUUUUCUCGUCGGUAAAUAGCGUCGUCAGAUGCGAGCCAUCUUGCGUGCCAGCGAGCAGCUUUCGAGCCUUUUUCAUCCGGAAUGUCUUGUUUUUUUGAUUGAGAAAGGCUCCUUUCUGCAUACGGUAGGGAAUCAUCUUCAGCUUGUCCAUGACAAUAGUUCUCAUCGAUCCUCGACUCAUUUCGUAUUCUUUUGCCAUCUUUCUCAUGCUUCUUUCCGGAGUGCGUCUGAUUUUCUCUCGAACGGCUUCGACUGCUUCUGGAGCCGUGACGGUGACUGGACGUCCACUUCUUUGCAUGUCAUCUGAAGUACCGAGAUGCCGAUAGCGUUGUGCAGUUCGAAAAACGAGAACACGAGACACUUUCAGCUUUUUAACGAUCUCUGAAUACGUCCUUCCGCUUUUGACACAAUCAAUGAUUGCGGUACGGUACGGAGAUGGGGCCACCAUCACCUGAAAACUGAAAAGUAUGAGCUGUAACUUCAAAAACAUAAUAAGUGAGCAUGAAUGAACGAAAUAAACAAAAAAAUUCAAAGGCCAGUCCUUUGCGCAAAAAGCAGCGAUCAAACAAAAAACGGUUUCAAUAUUUAUUUGUCACCCUGUAAUUCUCUACACGAUGUCAAUAAAUCGAAAGAAAUUUAUCAUUCUGCAGUCAAAAAAAUGUUUUUUUUUCAAGCAAUUCCACCUGCCGUACUAUGUCUUGUCGCUGAACGAGAUCUACGAGGGAAUGGGCGACAAUUUGCCGCCGACCGACAGCCGCAGAAGGCCCGACAUCCGAGCCUUCGACGAGGGAUACUGCGGUGAAUUCCUUCUGGAAAACUCAGAAACGGAAGGAAGUUUUCCAGACAUUGCUGAGAACGUGAAGAGGCAGCUGGAAAACGAGCAGCGCGAGCGGGCGAGGAAUUCUGUCGCCCAAGUCCCUGUGUCAGUAGUUUCUCGGGAUAGCUCCAAAAAAGAGAAAAUAACGCUCUGGUCAUUCAUCCUAGUAAAAAUGAUAAAAAGGGUUUUUCCGUUAUCAGCAUAAGGAUUACUUUCGUUGUCAGGGAACCGCCUUUUUCAUUCAGUUUGUCGGCGUGCUACUUUUCCCAAUUUCAAAAAGUUUUAAUUUCUUGCACGUUCUCACAAAUAAAAAAUAAAGAAAAGAACAAAACAAGGAAGAUAAUGCGAAUGGGUUUUGAGGUUCACUUUCUUCACUCUGCUCAUAGGAGAUCAUAGGAUAACUAUAGAAAAGACUUCAGAGGAUAAAAGAGAGUUGGAAAAUUGUUUGAAAGUUUUAUUUUCGCUUUCGAGAAGAUGACGAUGUAAGUGUGGUUUUGAUCUUUUCAUUUUUAUCAACGACUUAUUUCGAAAUGAUGGUUUGAAAGGAAAGUCUGAUUCAGGUGGUUCGAGAAAGACGAGAAUGGCGACUGGAAGUACAAGGGCAAGUACUGGAACCGCAAAUACGCGGACUCGCCGGACCUUUUCGUCAACGGAAACGAAGUCUACCUGGAGCUCGUCAAUCUCGCCCGCAAGGCUGAGGAACGCCUCACUCUGUGA